AUGGCCCACGAAGGAACAACUCUAAAGCAGAAGGUUCCAGCGCAGGAGCAGGACCUACCCGGCCUCCAGAAAGCCAUGUCGCCCGAGCCGUUCGACACCUCGCUCGAGACUGGUUCUGGGCCAAACCAUACACCGGAGUGGCAAGCUGCGCGGAAAGAAGGCACUCAUUACCGGCGGAGAGUAGUCUCUAACGUUCAGCCUCAUGGACAAAGUCGUUUGACUCGAUCCUCUUCGCGCGUGAGGGGCGACGUGACGAUCGUACACCUGCCCUCGGAGCAGAAGGACGCAGACGACACCGUCGCCGCGAUCCAGCGCGAGGGGCGGCGCGCGCUCUCCGUCGCGUUCGACCUCGAGGACUUCCGCGGCGCGCACAUCAUCGAGCCCGACUUCGCGAGCAUCGACCUCGACUCCGUCGAGAGCACGUUCCGCAGCAACAUCCUGCAGAUGUUCGCGGUCACGAAGUUCGCGCUCCCGCAUUUGGAGCGGGGGAGCAGCAUCAUCAACACGACGAGCGUGACGACGUUCCGCGGCUCGCCGACCAUGGUCGACUACGUCUCGACGAAGGGCGCCAUCGUCGGCUUCACGCGUUCACUCGCGAAACAACUCGAGCCCAAGGGCAUCCGCGUCAACGCGGUCGCACCCGGCCCCGUGCACACACCCUUGCAGCCCGCGUCGCGCUCAGCAGAGCAAAUGGAGGGCUUCGGCGAGAAGAGCAGCAUCGGGCGCGUCGGCCAGCCCAGCGAGAUCGCGCCGACGUACGUCUUCCUCGCAUCCGCCGAGGCGGAGCUGUACUACGGCCAAAUCAUGCAUCCGUACCCGUUGGGCGACUAG